ACUGUGGCAAUGAGAUAAAUAGAUGUGAGACCUCCGUCUAAGCAGUAGAGAGAGAGAGAUAGUGAGAGAGAGAGAGAGAGAGAGAGAGAGAUGGUCUCCAGGGAGCAGAAGAAAGCUGCUCUGCAUGAGAAGCUACAGCUCCUUCGUUCUGUUACUAAUUCCCAUGCACUUAGCAAAACUUCUAUCAUAGUAGAUGCUUCAAAAUAUAUUCAAGAGUUGAAGGAAAAGGUUGGUGCAGUUGCACGGGAUUUGGAAGAAGCUAACCCCUUGCCUGCGGUUACAGUUGAAACCAUGGAAAAGGGUUUCCUUAUCAAUGUAUUCUUAGAGAAGAGCUUGCCGGGUUUGCUUGUCUCUAUUCUGGAGGCCUUUGAGGAGCUGGGCCUUGAUGUGCUGGAUGCUGAUGUUUCUUGCACCAAUAGGUUUCGCCUAGAAGCAGUUGGAGAACAUCAAACUGAGAGCAUGGAUGCUCAGGUGGUGAGGCAAGCGGUGUUGCAAGCCAUCCAGAAAUGCAGAGAAAGUGAAGAGCAGUAAUGACAUUAGAAGACUACUUCUGACCUUUUGUCAAAAGCGCAAGCUUGGCUUUGGUUAGUUGUGGGUUUGGAAAAUAAGUUUAAUGAAGAUGGUGGCUUCUCUCUUUAGUUAAAUGGGUAUAAGAAUAUGGAUAAAUGACAAAUUACAUAGACAAAAUCUUAAAAUUCGAAUAUAUUCGUGCUUGGAAUCCUUGGUUUGACUUGUGCAUCAUCAAAGCAUAAAUUAAGUAAAUUUAGGGAAAUGAAUCACCUAUAAAAGAAAAGAAAAAAUUAGGGAGAAAGUGACCACACACAUUCAUCAUGGAAGCAUGCAUUAGGUAAAUUUAGAGACAUGAAUCAACUACAAAAGAAAAGAAAAACUAAGGGAGAAAGUGAGUACGUAGAUUCCUUCACCAUGCAAGCCUCAAUUUAUAUUUGUGAUGUCCAAGAAAAGUAGUCUGAUCAUGAAAGAUUGUUUUUCUAGCACUAAUUUCCCAAGAGUUGUGUAAAAACAGAAUGCGAGGAAUUGUUUGGUCAUGUAAUAUCAGUCUUGAGCCCCAUCACGUCUAUGUGGCCAAGAUCUUUUAUUCCUCCAGCAAUCAUUUUGGAUGUGUAGAUUUUGCAAUAA